GUACUCUCCUCCUCUCACUUGCUGCCCACUUCUCUCUCUCUGUGAACCCAUGGAUGCACAGAGCCUGUUGGCAUCUGCGUCGAUCAACAUCGGCCUUGUGUUCAUCAUCCUCGUACUGUUCUCCAUAUUCAAGAAGCAACCAGGGAAUGCUGUCGUAUAUCGCGCUCGGAUCAUGUCGAGGGACGAGGCGGCCUUCCCCGCCUGCUACCAGGAAGACGCCUUCUCGUUCCGCAGGUUUCUUCCUUCUUUCGAGUGGGUAGGGCGGGCGUUUCGGGUAACAGAGGACGAGUUGAUGAGGAACUGCGGCCUGGACGCCUUGGUGGUCAUUAGACUCUUCAAAUUUGGCAUAAAGCUUUUUGUGCCGUGUUCAGUAGUCGGAUUACUGGUGCUUGUGCCUGUUAAUUGCACAAGUCAAGAGAGAUCCUCCAGCAUCACCCUUUCAUAUUCGAUUGAUUCUUUUACCAUAUCGAAUAUUGGAAGAGGAUCUAAUAGGCUUUGGGUGCACUUUUCCUGCUUGUAUGUUGUGUCCUUAUAUGCUCUGUACCUUUUAUACCAGGAGUACAGAUCAUUGCUGAAAAGGCGGAUUCAGCAGCUUUACAUCAUUAAGCACAGGCCUGAUCUAUUCACCAUCCUUGUUCGUGGAGUGCCAUUUUGCAGUGAACACAAUGACCAUGGGUGUUCUGUGGAUCAUUUUUUCUCUAAACAUUAUCCUCAUGCAUACAAUUCAUACCAAGUGGUUUAUGAUGAACAAAAUUUUGAGGAGGUGACUGAGCUACCGGCUGCAUUUGUGUCAUUUAAUUCACGGCAAGGUGCUGCAUUGGCCUCACAAACACAGCAACAUGAAGAUCCACUUUUAUGGAUCACUGAACCAGCUCCAGAACCAAGAGAUGUGCUAUGGAAUAAUCUUGCUGUGCCAUAUGGCUAUUUGAUAGUCCACAGGCUUCUUGCUGUUGUAGUUGCUUCAGUUCUUACCAUAUUUUUUGCCAUUCCAGUAACUGCAGUUCAAGGGAUUGCACAAUUAGAGAACAUUAAGAAAUGGUUUCCACCAGCCCGAGCUAUACAAUUAAUACCUGGACUGAGCUCAAUUGUGACUGGGUGUCUUCCAAGUUUCAUACUCAACAGCUUCAUAUAUGCUGUUCCUUAUGCUAUGCUCGGAAUCUGUGGCCUACAAUGCUGUGUUUCGAGAAGCAAAAAAGAGAUGAAAACUUGCAGCAUGGUCUUCUAUUUCUUACUGGGAAAUGUGUUCUUUUUGAGCUUAUUGUCCGGGUCCUUACUAGAGCAAAUUGGAGAAUCAUUUGCUCACCCUAAGAGUUUUCCAAACCACCUUGCUACUGCUGUUUCUUCUCAGGCAGACUUCUUUAUAACAUACAUUCUGACUGAUGGGCUUUCUGGUUUCUCUCUGGAAAUUCUUCAGCUUUGUCUGCUUGUGUGGCAUUUUAUUCGUUCUGGUUCUUUUGGCCGAGAAACUCAGAAAGAACCUUAUCUCUACUCACUGCCUUAUUAUCGAGUUAUUCCAUCUGUUUGCAUUUGCAUAUUAAUUGGAAUGGUCUAUGCAGUCGUUGCUCCGUUUUUACUUCCAUUUCUAGUCGUCUAUUUACUCCUUGGUUACGUGGUUUACAUCAAUCAGAUACAGGAUGUAUAUCAAACAACUUACGAGACUUGUGGUCAGUAUUGGCCACAUAUUCACAAUUAUAUCGUCAUUGCCAUUGUUCUUAUGCAAGUCACAAUGAUUGGGCUUUUUGGGUUGAAGUCAAAGCCAACCGCAACGAUUUUAACAAUACCUCUUUUAGUGCUCACUCUAUUGUUCAACGAGUAUUGCAAAAUAUGCUUUCGUCCAACAUUUUACAGAUACUCAGUUCAGAAUGCUAUGGAGAAUGAUGAGCUUGAUGAGAAGGAAGGUACAAUGGAAGCCCACAAGGAGAUGGCAAUCAAAAGUUAUAGGCAGCCUUUUUUGAGAUGCACACAUUUGGAAUCAGCGGAUUCAAGUACCACAGAGCCAUUGGUCUCUUCAAAACGGAGUCUCAAAAAUGAUGCGAUAGAGAGUGAUGAGCCUGAUGAGAAGGGUGGGGCAGUGGAAGCGGCUCUUAGGGACAGUGGAAGCAGGCAGCAAUCGAGACUUGCGGACAGCCUUGUUUGAGAUCUGCACAUUUUUACCGGCAGAUUCAAGCACGACACGUCCACUGGCCUCUUCAACAUGAAGUCGAUAUUUUGUAGGCAAGUUUUUAUUUAUCUCAAAUUCACAUCAAUAUAUUGUGGGAACCCAGUUUAAGGGUGACAUAAUAAGUUGAGAAAUUUGGCUUACUGGCA